CGUACAAAAGAGACUGUAUUGUUAUUUAUCAGACAGGCAAGGUCAGAUUUAAGAAAUUGCUAAAAUAUCUGAAGGUCUAGCUCCGAAUUACAUUCACUGUCUAAGUCGACCUCGAUGGAGUCAGAUCCUGACCAUUCAAGUAUAUAUUCAAGUACAGAGGAUGGAUGCGAUACCAGUUGUCCAAAAGAAUGCCUAAGACCGUCUGUCACUGAUUGGAAAAGCAUUCAAGUUUUGAAUAUGCGUGAUUGUUUGCCGCGGUAUAAAUAUCACCAGUGGCUUUUUGAAUGGUGUUUGCAUGGAAUGGAGAUGAUAGAGGGAUUCGAAGUACCAUUCUUCAUGAGACCAGUUGUAAUAGUUGGUGGAGAUUUGAAUGAAGACAACAGUUUACUUUUAGGCCGGGAUCAUGAAAAGGGGGAUAAAAUCCUCUCUUGGUUUAACAGAGGUAUGGUUGUUGAUGCAGAUUUAGUCAUUGUCUACUUCAUAAAAAAAGAAGACAUGAAUAAAACAGCGAACCUUCUUGCGUUUGUCAAUGAGAUAUCCCAGUUAUUGCAAUACAAAGAAGCUCAGCUACUUUUCGUCGGACAGCUCAACAAAAAAUCGGAUUCCAAAAAUAUUAAAGAUAUUUUGAAUAUAAUACACAAAACAGUAAGAUUAAGAAUUCCCAAGGCGGACUUCAUUGCAAAAAGUGGCUUGGAAAUUAAAGAACAUAUAACACUAGCACUAGAAUUCAUCUUGGAGCGAUGUCUAAGAGCUUUGGAAAUCCAGAUAAGUGCUUUGCCAUCGACAAAGGAAGGCGCUGAAGAAAGCUUGGAGGAGAUUAGAACUGUACUCGAAAGAUUUAGAAAAGCACGAUGUUUUCCCGAACAAAACAACAUUGAAGAAAAGAAUGAUAAAGAAAUAGUGACAAAAAUGGUCGAUCGUUAUCGAGAAAAGAUUCUUUAUCGGGGAUUUAGUAAGAAAGGAGUUCGAAUCAUUACAACAGAUGAAAAUGUUAAAAAUGAAUUGAUACAAAAAUUUUCCGAAUUUCGAAAUUUGGUGGUAGAUGUUACAGUUGAAACAGAUUUGGACAUGACGCCAUUUGCCGGUACUGGUGAACCUUUACACGGUGCAAAAUUUGUAUACAGAGAGCAAAGCGCUGAUUCGUUCAUGUUUGACAACGAUUAUUCAACAACGGGUAGUUUGCUUAAGAUAAACGGCUCGGAAAUGGCUGCAUUAACAUGCCUACAUGCUUUUCGCCGACGAGAAAAUCAAAAUGUCUUCGUCAGCAUAAAUGAUUCAGUAAUACAGUUGGGCAGAAAUAUGUUUGAUCAUCCUCAAGAGUUGAGAAGUAUUCACGACGACAUUGCCCUCAUUGAGGUAACCAGAUCGGCUAUUCCUCUCAUCGAAGCCAACUGUGAGAGGUUAUUACUUGACGAACAAGAUAUGCCUUCUCCUUCUGACAUAUCUUGCAGAAGAAUAGAGGAAAUUGUGGGUGAAAUUGUUCACAAAAGGGGGGCAAGCACAGGGCUAACAACGGGAACUGUUGUUGAAGCAGGUGAAAUUCGUCUCCGGGAUUUUCAAGAGCUAGCGACGGUAAUCAUUGUUAAACCUACUAGACGCAGAAGGAAUCAGAUCCAGUUAUUUGCAGCUCCGGGAGAUUCGGGUUCUCUUUUAUUCCAGCAUUCCCUGUCACUGGAAAAUAAGUUGGAUGUCCUCGGAAUGGUAUAUGGAAGAGCUCCAAUUGCUCCCUUUCCAGAUCCAGCCACUGUGAUGUGCAUACCUUUAAAAGAUUCAGUAGACCGACUGAUGCAAAGAAACCCUGAGCUGACUGAAAUUGACUUUUACAAACAAUGAUAUUGAUGACAGAAAUGCAAAAAAAAUAUUUUGUCUGCCAAACUUUGGCCUAUCAUCCAAGCAAAGCAGUAAUUACUUCUUGUCAGUUAUUGCUGUGGAAAAAAUGGUAUACAUAAUUUGUGAAUAGUAAUAAGAAAUUUAUAUUUUCUAAUAGGUAUUGAGAUGAUAAAGAACUUGUAAACACCUUUCAUUAAGGAAUUAUUACGUUGAAUGUCAUACACUCCAAAUUGACACUGUCAUGAAUUUCUACCACAAGGUUAUUUACCAAACAUCACUGGCCUGACUAAUAUAAUUAUUUACACAUUAUUGAUUUCAAAACACAGCGUAUGCUGCCUUUCGAUUUGAAUAAUACAAAGCUAUCAUGCUUGCAUUCAAUUACCUAUUAUUACAUUUAAACACAUAUGCAUAUAUGUACAUUUUAUUUACAUAUUUAUUCUGAGAAUUGAAUUUGCUUUAUAUAUGAAAAUAUACAGUAUGUAAAUAUGUUUUUGUAGAAUAUAUUGCUUUUGCGUGAUCAGCUGAUUUCAAUUUUUUUUUUUUUUUUUUUUUUUUUUUUGGACGGUUCAAGAAAGAAGUCAGAAAUUCUUUUUCUAUGUGUCAUCAAUCAUUUAAAAUACUCAACUUGUAUGUCAUUAUAUGUGAAACAGAAGACAAUCACUUACCAUGGGACAAGUGUAAAUGAACAAACAGAGAGGUGCAACAAACAAUGAAUAAAACGAUAAAAGCA